AUCCAAAGAAGCGAAAACAACCCUCGGAAGCAAACAGCCCUCCGCCCCAGAACCCAUCACCAAAGCGCAGAAAGAUCAAAGACACAUCUCUUGAGGAGCAAGACCUCUUCAACAAGUACGAAACCGACGAAGAGGUCACAGAGACAGAAGCCGAGCAAACUCCUUCGGACGACUACCAGCAAACCUUUUGGCCCAACGACGGGCUGAUAUCGCCAGCGAUGAAAGUUAGCUUCUACAGGCUUCACUUACGGAACCCACCGAAGAUGGCCAUCUCGAAACCCAAGGACCCAGAUGCCACCAUCUACGAGAACUCACCAUGGGCUUUCUGUGAGCGAAGAGAAGCAUAUGAAAACUUCAAGAACUAUGUACAAGCCAUGAUCGACGACACUGACACAGAUGGGAUACAUCGCUACCUCAAUCCAAAGUUUGUUUGGAACGAUCAGACGCUCGAAGACCAACGUCGAUUCAUAAAGCGAGUACUGCUUGAUUUUCCGAUCUUCAAGCAUCAAGACGGGCAAUUUGUGCCCACCGCAGUGGCUUCUCUCCUCCUUCGACAGAGCGCAGGCUACAAGACCAGUCGCAAGAAGCAACUCAAGCUCAGGAAUGCUGCCUCUGGUUCUGCGUCAUCUGCAGUUUUGUGA